CCCGCACCUCCGCGGUGUCGGGAAGAGCUGCGUGCGGGGCCGGCGCUGCGCCUCCUCGGCUUUGGGGUUAUAUGAUCAUUAUCGCUAUUUUUUCCCUCUUUGCCCUUCCUCCGUCCUUCAGCCGGAGCGGCGGAGCCCGGCGGCAGCGCUGGGGACUGAGGGACACGGGAGGGACGAGGCCACCGCCGGGGCAGCGGGGGCUGUGGGCUCUGCGCUGAGUGUCACCGCUGUGCGCCGGCCGCGCUCGGCGGGGAGAUGCCUCUGGAGGACAGCGGUGCGGCCAGGCGGAGCGGACAGCAUCCCUGCGGCGUCACCGGCUGCGAGGGGACACGGGACACCCUGCACCGGGACGAGCUGGCUCCCGAUGUCAGCAGGACGGGGGUGAUUGCAGAGGAUGAGGAGCUGUGGCCGCAGCUGGAUGAUGGAGAUGUGACCUCCGGACGGGGAGAAGACGCGCGCAGGGCCCUGCAGCGGGCGGGGAGCGGGGAAGCGCUGAUGGCCGAGCUCUCAGAGAGGGUGCAGAAGGUGGUGCGGAGCAGCAGCUGGUGGGAGAGGCACGGCGUGGACAUCUGCAUCCUCAGCUGCAGUCUCCUUGCGCUGCCAGUAGGAUUUCUGUGCCUGCGUUCAGCCCACGCCAUCCCUUUUCUGGUGGGUGUCCUCACCCUCGGUGUGGGAUAUCACACCCUGGCUGUGAAGGGCAGCCACCUGGCCAGCCACAACGCCCUGACCAAGUCCAAGUCCUGGGGAAAAGUGUGGGCUGUCUUCUUCAUCGAGUUCUGCUCAGCAUUCACGGCUGAGCAGGCCAGCUACAACCACGUGAAGCUCCACCAUGGCUACACCAAUGUCAUUGGCCUGGGGGACUCCAGCACCUGGAAGCUGCCUUUCCUGAACCGCUACAUCUAUAUGUUCAUCGCACCGCUCGCCGUGCCCAUCAUAACCCCCCUGGUUGCACUAGACUUGCUGAGGAACGUGGAGAUGAGGGCUGCUCUCCGCACUGUCUGCCUCAUGUCCCUGGGGCUGUGCUGCCAUUACUGCCUGCUGCGCCACGUCUCGGGCUUCCAGUCGCCGUGGUCUGCCCUGCUCUGCAUGCUGCUCACCCGCUCUCUCCUGGCCCACCCCUACAUCCACGUCAACAUAUUCCAGCACAUCGGCCUCCCCAUGUUUGCGGCUGAUCGGAAGCCCAAGCGCAUUCAGCAGAUGAGUCUGGGUGUGCUCAACCUGCCCCGCAAUGCACUGCUUGAUUGGUGCUUCGGCCACUCGCUCAUCAGCUGCCACGUGGAGCACCACCUCUUCCCCAGCCUGUCUGACAACAUGUGCCUCAAGAUCAAACCCGUGGUGUCGCAGUACCUGAAGGAGAAGCGGCUGCCCUACAAUGAGGACACCUACGGCUCCCGGCUCCAGCUCUUCCUGCAGAAGUACGAGGAGCUGAUGGUGCACGCACCGCCCAUCACAGAGCUGGUGGGCAUCCAGUGAGCCGGGGGCCGACUGCCUGCAGGGAACGUUCCUCCCGGUGUCCUGGCGCUGAGCAGCCGGCGCUGUGCAGGGACUGAGCGGGGGUUGUGCCCCCCUGGAGCUGCUUACGGACAGGGUUCAGUUCUACCCACGCUGCUUUCAUGCUUGGGGAGAGCAAAGCAAAGCCCCCUCGGCUGUGUGCUCACUGGGCAGGAGCUGCUGGGGGCGACCCAGGAGCUGUGGGAAGAUGCUGGGGGGGGGGCAGGGGGUGUCACUGCCGCUGUGCUUCACCUGGCUGGGAUGGGGGGAGUCGGUCUCUUCUGGGAACAUGGAUUUGGAAAAUUCA